GGGUUUUUUUUUUUGGUUUUUUUUUGAAGCUGUUCCAAUCUGUGCUUCAUCUGAGCUGCCGUAGACUUAUUAAACUGGAUACAAAAUGGCGGCCUCGUUGGGACAAAUUGGAUUGCUGCCUUAUUAUUUUCCGUAUUUAAUUUGUAUUCUGCAACUGCUUAUUUCCUCCGGGUUCAGCAUAGAAUUGCAGUGUCCUCUGAAUUGUACAUGCACUGGAAACCUGGUAGACUGUAGCAAUUUGGGACUGACGAAUACUCCAUUGGAUCUCCCACCCUGGACUUCCUAUCUAAACCUGAGCUUCAACAAGCUGACAGCGAUCGAUCAGGCCGCCCUCUCUGAGCUGCCGAACCUGCGGGAGUUGCGUCUUGGUCACAAUGAGCUGACAGACAUCCCUUCAAUAGGAGCCAGUUCUUCGAACAUUGUCUCUCUUUAUCUGCAUCACAAUAGGAUUCGCAGUAUAGAGUCAAGCCAGCUAAAGCCUUUCGUCUCCUUGGAAACCUUGGAUCUAACUUCCAAUGAGAUCACUGAAAUACGGAGCACCUGUUUUCCAUCGGGACUGCAACUCAAAGACAUAUAUCUGGGCAGUAACAAAAUAGGUCUCCUGGAGCCCGGUGCUUUCGAUAGCCUGUCACAUUCCCUGCAAGUACUUCGUUUGAGCAGAAACAGGAUUUCCCAACUUCCUGUCAAAGCGUUCAAGUUACCCUGGCUAACACAAUUAGAGUUGAACCGGAACAGAAUCCGCUUGAUUGAGGGCCUGACUUUCCAAGGAUUGGACCGUUUAGAAGUGCUGAAGCUACAGAGGAACAACAUAAACAAGCUGACCGACGGGGCCUUCUGGGGGCUGGCUAAAAUGCAAGUGCUCCACCUCGACUACAACAGUCUGACUGAAGUGAACAGUGGCUCACUGUAUGGGCUGUCCUCUCUCCAUCAGCUGUACCUAGGCAACAACUCCAUAUCGCGUAUCAAUCCUGAUGGCUGGAUGUUCUGCCAGAAACUGCAUGAGCUGGUUCUGUCCUACAACAACCUGACGCGGCUGAACGAGGGCAGCCUGGCUGGCCUGGGGGGGCUGUACACCCUCCGACUGAGUCACAACUCCAUCAGCCACCUCUCCGAGGGAGCUUUCCGGGGACUCAAGGCCUUGCGCUCACUGGAGCUGGACCAUAAUGAGAUCUCUGGGACAAUAGAAGACACCAAUGGGGUCUUCUCAAGCCUGGGCAGCCUGAACAAGCUAACUCUGUUUGGAAACAAGAUCAAGUCAGUGGCCAAGAAAGCGUUCUCAGGCUUAGAGGCCCUCGAGCACCUGAAUUUGGGAAACAAUGCAAUCCGCUCCAUCCAGCCUGAUGCCUUUGCUAAAAUGAAGAGCUUAAAGGAACUACUUAUCAACAGUGACAGUUUCCUUUGUGAUUGCCAGCUGAAAUGGUUACCCCAGUGGCUCAGCGGGAAGAAAUUUAAGUCCAGUGUCACGGCCUCGUGUUCCCACCCAGAGUCAUUACAAAGCAGAAGCAUUUUCAGUGUCCCUGCAGACAGCUUUGUGUGUGAUGAUGUCCCGAAGCCACAGAUCACGCUCCAGCCCGAGACCACAAUGGGAGUGCUGGGGAAAGACAUCCGUUUUACCUGCACGGCAGCCAGCAGCAGCACCUCUCCAAUGAGUUUUGCUUGGCGCAAAGACCAGGAGCUCCUGCGCGACGCGGACAUGGAGAACUUUGCUCACGUGCGGGCCAAGGAUGGCGAGGUGAUGGAGUACACCACCAUCCUGCACCUGCGUCAUGUAACCUUCGCACACGAGGGCCGCUACCAGUGUAUCAUCACCAACCACUUUGGAUCCACCUACUCGAACAAGGCGCGUCUCACUGUCAAUGUCCUUCCCUCCUUUAUCAAGAUGCCACAAGACAUCACAAUCCGCACUGGCACCACGGCCCGCCUAGAGUGUGCUGCAGAGGGGCACCCCUCUCCCACCAUUGCCUGGCAGAAAGACGGGGGCACAGACUUCCCAGCCGCGCGGGAGCGGCGUAUGCAUGUGAUGCCCGAUGACGACGUCUUCUUUAUCAUGAACGUGAAGAUUGAGGAUAUGGGCGUCUACAGCUGUACAGCGCAGAACGUAGCUGGUACCCUCUCCGCCAAUGCCACUCUGUCCGUGCUGGAGACACCUUACUUGGUUCAGCCGCUGGAAGAUCACACUGUGGCAGUGGGGGAGACGGUGGCACUGCAGUGCAAAGCGUUGGGCAGUCCCCUCCCCAGGAUCAGCUGGCUGAAGGGGGACGAGCCCCUGCAACUGACGGAUCGCCACCACUUUACUCCUGGCAACCAGCUGCUCAUAAUCCGCAACGCGGAGCAGGAAGAUGCUGGCAAGUACACCUGCGUCAUGUCCAACACCCUGGGGACCGAGCGAGCUCACAGCCAGCUGAGUGUUCAGCGGGCAAGCGGCUGUGUGGUCAGCAGGAAGGAUGGCACCAUGACUGUGGGCAUCAUCAUCAUCGCUGUGGUUUGCAGCAUCGUCAUCACCUCGCUGGUCUGGGUCUGCAUCAUCUACCAGACAAGGAAGAAGAGUGAAGAAUACAGCGUCACGAAUACAGAUGAAACCAUUGUCCCUCCAGAUGUCCCAAGUUACCUGUCUUCUCAAGGAACUCUGUCCGAUCGACAGGAAGUGUGCAUUAGCGUGGAAGCCAGCAAAGGUCCUCAGCCCAAUGGACACAUUGAGAGCAAUGGUAUUUGCCAGAGUGAUGCAGGAGGAUGUGAACACAUGGAAACCCACGUGGCGUGUAGAAGAAAAGAAGACGACACAGCAAGGCCAGAAAACACAGCUGGGUAUGGAGUGCAAGUGAUCUGCAGCGAUUGUUUGAAUAAUACCAACACUUACUCCAAAAAUCAAGAAUGUUAUUCUCAGAACUUCAGAGCAGAGGAUCACUCUCAUCAGCAAGCACUUAGCAGCACAGGAUCAUGCAGGGCUGACCUGGAAGAUUCAGGCCCUGAGAAUCACCAGCACUACAAUGGGACUGUCAGUAGUUUGGAAAGAGAAGGCCCUAUGUAUCCUAGCAACCAUGACAGGAUGACGCCACAAACACAGAAAGGACCAUCACUGAAACAUUUUGACAUAAAUGGUUCCCAUUCACAACCUAUGGAAAUUUCAGGACCACUUGGUACUUUCUGCCCUCCAUCUUUAGAAGGUUCAUUCCACGAACCAAUUAAAUUAACUGGUCUUCCUCAGACGUCAUUGGACAAUAAAUGUGAGGCCAAAGCCAGACAGGCAUUGCCUCAUAAUGGACACCUACCCGUGCUCUGUGACUCUAUUAUUAGUGAGAGUACUCCAUUGAGGAGAGCCAGUGAUUGAAAGGAUGGCCAUAAAAACUGCUUUUCCUCUUUGCACUGAAAACCCUUUAUUUAUUGUUUUUGAGACACUACCUCAACUUUGAAACCAGAAGCUCUCCAAGGAAUCAGAAGUUUGAGGACACUGUUGUUGGGGGGGGAAUCCUGUUCGAGUGUUUUUGAGUUGUACAUAAUUGUGAUCUUCCCAGAGUUACCAUUUGUAGUUCAACAGUUGACGUGCAUUUGAUGCACACAAAUGUAGGGAAUAUUAUACAGAGAAAGAGUUUUAUUGAAUAUGGCUUGUACAUAAGAGUUUUCAUAUAUCUUUUACAAAGGAUAUUUUAAUGUUUAUUCAGUGCAUGAAUAACUGAGUGGAUUCUUUUAAACUAGUUUUUUUUUUUUGUUUUUUUGUUUUUUUUCCCAGUUUCUAAACCGAAAAAAAGUACUGUCUGGUGCCUUACUGCAUGAACACUAAGUAUACUCAUAGGAAUCCACUUCUCACAACAUUCGAUCAAUUACAAAUAUAUAUUGCAAAAGGAUAUUGGAAAAAUCAUCAGCACACAUUUUUCUUCAAUUUUUAAUUGCACUUCUAGAUUUAGUUUUAUAAAGAAUUACAAUGCUGGUGAUUUAUGGCCUUAAACACACUUCUCAUUAACUGAAUUGUACAGUGGAAGAGCUUUGAUUCGACUUCUCAUUGGUGUAGAAAUGAAUGUAAACCUUAUACAGUUGUGUGGAUACAAAAAGGAACAUAAUAUUUUCAAGCACUUUGUCUGGGGACAGAUAUCCAUUCUUGUAGCUGCUGAACCUUAUUUUGGAUUUCAAAAGUUGGUGAAAAACAGGUUGCAAAAUGUUUGGCCUACGCAGUGCAAUUACAUUUACAAAGGUAAUUAUUACCUUCAUCUAAAUCUACUGUUUGCAGACUAAAAUUGUGGUUUUAAUAAUUUAGUUUUUUUGUUAUGUUACAAUGUUUGAAAGUAAUUGUGCUAGUAUUGCAACUCUUUAGUGAAAGUACCAGUAACUUUGGCUUAUCCGGUCAAAGUGUUGCUGCUGGGUGCCGCAAGAGGAGUCGCACAGCUUGGACGGCACCGGUUCGUGUCCAGGCUUUGCAAAGAGGCUGAACUUUGCUGGGGACUCCCAAAGGGGAGUCGCAUUGGCUCUAACGCUUCCAGGGAGGGGGAUAGGGAAACUGGCAGGGACUCUUUCUCCUCGUCACGCAACAGUGAACCCUCCUGGCCAGACACCGAGCACAUUGAGAGUGGAUAAAAGCAGGGCUGGUUUCUGUUCUCCGGUAUGGGUAGCCCGCCUGCCCACCUCUGCUCUGGAUUGCUCGGCGUAAAAACGAUUCUGGCUUUAGGCUUAUGAGAUUGGAGGACUAUCACACACCCUCAGAACGUCUGUGCUGUGUGGGUACUCACAGUGGUGAGGAAAAAAAAACAGAAUUGGGUAGAAAAAU